UGGAAGCAGGAACAAUCCACACAUCGUUUCUGGCUUGGUAUUGAAUUCGCUCCUUGUAUAUGCUAUUUUCAUGAGCUGUUAUUAAACCUACCAUUUAUUUAUUUUUUUAAACCAAAAAAGAAAUGUCAACAUGGGCUCUAGAUGGAAACUCAGUAUGACAGAUGGAGUUUGGGGAAAACUGUGCGCUCUCACCAGCUUGUCGGUGUGUUUGUGGGUGUGCGGAGCUGAGGACAGUGCGAUGGAGAAUAUCGUGACUGAGAAGAAGGCUGAGGAAAGCCACCGACAAGACAGCGCCGAUCUGCUGAUUUUCAUUCUGCUCCUCACCCUCACAAUCUUAACUAUAUGGCUGUUCAAACAUCGUCGAUUCAGGUUUUUACACGAAACGGGCCUGGCAAUGAUUUAUGGAUUGCUUGUUGGGGUUGUUCUGCGAUAUGGGAUUCAUGUACCUCGUGACAUCAACAAUGUCGCACUGAGUUGCCUCGUUGAUUCCAGCCCAGCCACACUGCUAGUAAAUGUCAGUGGCAAGUUCUAUGAAUACACUCUGAAGGGUGAGAUCAGUGCCAGUGAAAUCAGUGACGUUCAGGACAAUGAGAUGCUUCGUAAGGUAACAUUUGACCCGGAGGUGUUCUUCAAUAUUCUUCUGCCCCCAAUUAUAUUUCAUGCUGGAUACAGUUUAAAGCGGAGACAUUUCUUCAGGAACAUGGGCUCCAUUCUAGCUUAUGCCUUUGUUGGAACAGUGGUCUCCUGCUUCAUUAUUGGGUUGCUGAUGUAUGGCUGUGUGACUCUGAUGAAGCAUAUCGGUCACUUGGCUGGAGAGUUCUUCUUCACUGACUGCCUGUUCUUUGGUGCCAUUGUUUCUGCCACUGACCCAGUGACGGUCCUGGCCAUCUUCAACGAGCUGCAGGUAGAUGUCGACCUCUAUGCUCUACUGUUUGGAGAAAGCGUACUCAACGAUGCUGUUGCUGUGGUGCUCUCCUCUUCAAUCGUGGCGUACCAGCCUGAGGGAGACAACACUCACACAUUUGAAGCCAUGGCUAUGCUGAAGUCCUUUGGCAUCUUCCUGGGCGUCUUCAGUGGUUCCUUUGCUCUCGGAGUGGCGACCGGAGUAAUGACCGCCUUGGUCACCAAGUUCACCAAAUUGCGGGACUUUCAGCUGCUGGAGACGGCGCUCUUCUUCCUCAUGUCUUGGAGCACGUUCCUGCUGGCAGAAGCCUGUGGCUUCACUGGUGUGGUUGCAGUUCUCUUCUGUGGAAUCACUCAGGCCCAUUACACCUAUAACAACCUUUCCCCAGAGUCACAGGACAGGACCAAGCAGUUGUUUGAGCUCCUGAAUUUCCUAGCUGAGAACUUCAUCUUCUCCUACAUGGGCCUGACCCUGUUCACGUUCCAGAACCACGUCUUCAACCCUAUCUUCAUUGUGGGAGCCUUUUUGGCUGUUUUUCUUGGCCGUGCUGCUAACAUCUACCCGCUCUCCUUCCUACUCAACCUGGGCCGCAGGAAUAAGAUCAGCUCCAACUUUCAGCAUAUGAUGAUGUUUGCAGGUCUCCGUGGGGCUAUGACCUUUGCCCUCUCGAUCAGGGACACGGCCACGUAUGCACGGCAGAUGAUGUUCUCCACCACUUUGCUGGUGGUCUUCUUCACCGUGUGGAUCUGUGGUGGAGGCACCACUCAGAUGCUCUCCUGCCAGCGCAUCCGUGUUGGAGUCGACUCAGAUCAGGACAAUUCGAUUGGCCCUGAUGGAGUAGAGAGGAGAAGCACCAAGCAGGAGAGUGCCUGGUUAUUUAGGGUCUGGUACAACUUUGACCACAAUUACCUGAAGCCCAUCCUGACCCACAGUGGGCCCCCGCUCACCGCCACUCUGCCGUCCUGCUGCGGACCCCUGGCGCAGUGUCUGACCAGCCCUCAGGCCCGUGAGAAUGAGGUGCAGCUCAGAGACGACGACUCUGACCUCAUUCUGAACGAUGGCGACAUCAGCCUGACAUACGGCGACAUCACGGUGAGCACGGACGUGGCGGGCGUGCAUUCCAGCGGAGCGCCGGCGAGCGGCAUGGGCGUCAGCUCCGAGGAGGCACUGGACCGGGAGCUGGGCAUCAGUGACCAUGAGCUGGUGAUCCGCGGCACGCGCCUGGUCCUUCCCAUGGACGACUCGGAGCCCCCCAUGCCUCUGGACCCCCACCGCCACCGGGAGCUCUGAGCUGUGCGGCGGGAACCAAAAAAAAAGCCGACAAAAACCACACGUGACACACGAGUCCGAGGCGUUCCUGUUCAUCUGUCCAGCUCUCUCAUCACUGUCUACCACUAGCACCAUGUGAAGCGACCCCUCUCUCUCUCUCGCUCCCUCUCUCCUCUUCUCUUACAGAAGUGGCUGGUAUGUCUCUACCUCAUUGGUCACUUUUUUUUUUUCUUCUUUCGUCUCCUCUUAGGACAUUGGUGUAACCGAAUCCAUCCGUUUGCGCUACAUAAACCGUCCAGUCUGUCUGUCUCGCUGACCGUCUCCCCCCCCCACGCUUGGCUGUUGACCAGACCGCGUGACGUCUUCCGGCAUCGUGGUCUCGUUUGGCAUGAUUCUGCUUUCUCUCGGUCUUUGAGGCGGGCGGCGGGCGCCAGUUUCUCGUCCGCUGUAAGGUGUAACAUAGCCGCAGCCUAGCGUGCAUGCUAACUCGCGCUUUCUGUUGGCGAGUGAGAGAUCUUUCUAAGGGGCAUUUGUGUGGGGUCAGUGGAAAAGUUUCAAAGUCUUAUGCCUGCAGAUUGUUUUUUUUUUUUUUUUUUUCCUCCCUGAAUGAGGAUUCAAAAACAGAGGCAUACUAACUGGAUGAAUUUGACUUUGCUGUGCGGUUACAACCAAGUGCCUGUUGUAUGUGUUUUGUUUUUUUUUUUAAUUUUAUUUUUUUUAUGUUCCUUGGGAGAAAAAACAACACUGUUUUCCACUAGGGGGAGACCUUUUAUCUUGAUAAUGAGUUUGUAUAUGUCUGAAUUGCGUGCUUGCAGCUGUCUGAAAGAGGGAUGUUUCUCACUUGGUAUAACUUGUGAUUGGCUGCAGAGGGAUGUCUGUAACUCGGCAUGACUUGUGAUUGGCUACAGAGGGAUGUCUGUCGCUCUGUGUAACCUAAUAGGCUGGAUUUCACAAAUUGACCUCUGACUGUGAUUCGGGAUUUACAUCUUGUGUCCAUGUUCUUGCCAGUAAGAUGUUCUAUAAUCAAAGGUUAUAGUGCAAAAGUUGAGGUUUUUUUGUCCUGAUUUUCUUAAUAACAGCAUAGUGAUGGCCUCUAAUUGUUCAUAUUGAUUUCUCAGUGCAGCCUUUAAUGACAAAAAUGUCACCAUUUGACACAGUUUAACUGAUUGUUUAACAUAAUCCAUGAUAUGUGUUAGUAACAGAUAUUUACAAGUCUUUAAAAUUCUAGCCUCUGCUUUCUACCAUGGCACCCGAGGAGGCAGGUGCACAUGUAAGGAUAAUAUAAAGUGAAAAACCUUUGCUUGCUUGAUCUUGGACUAACAUUCAGCUUUUUUUGUUUCAACUUUUGCAUGACGUGUUGUGUGAUCAUGCAUCACUGAGUGUUCUCCGACGUUUUGUGGAGUUUCUAUGGAUUUUAAAACGGAUUGAGAAACAGUCUAGGUUGGUGUGGAAUAUCGGCACAUUGCAGUUUCUGUGUCGCUCAGAUUCCAGGAGUCGGCCGUCUGAGCGUUGAUAUUCUGUGUAUUCUAAUAGGGCUAAAAGAGGUAGCACUUUUAAGCUUUUUGGUUGAAAAAAAAAUGCUGAUUGGGAAAUUGGCAACUUCAAUUUUGAUGACAGGACAAAAGAACAAGUAAAAGCUGUUGGAAGCAGUUUAAUUUGUUGCAGUUUUGAUUUUACUGACACUAUAAAUAUAUAGUGAGUUAAGUAAAAUGAAAUGACUGAUUUUUGAAUAUACUUUCCAGAGAAUAGUUUGCUUGGGCUAAAGGACAAAAAAAACAAACAAACAAAAAAAAAACCCACUUGGCACAAAGCCAGACUGCAGCUUCCAGCGAACGACUUUUUGUUGUCGUCGUGGCUUGUGUCUUCUGUUUGGUCAUUGCUGUCAUGGUGCCAGCCAGACACAUGCACGUGGUACCCUGUGGGAAAACUGCACGGCUGUAACGCUGGGUCUGCCGGUCGGGGCUGGUGCAGACCAGACUCUGCCUAGGGGACGGUGCGGUUGUGGACAGAGGCCCAGCGUGCUCUGAGGGCAGGGGCAGGUACUGCUGUUCUGACGGAGAGCAGCUGGGGUCUCCACCCCCCCCCCAACGCUGUUAUCGCCUGCUGUGCAGGACUUGUAGAUAGAGCGUAGCAAAGUAUUCUUGCAGACAUGCCACUUGAUCACAUGACCCGCAGGAACAGGGGGUUGGUAUUUGGUCAGGAAGCGGCGUUGAGUAUGACUGCAGUUUUGCACUUUUAGAAUUUUUUUUUUUUUUUCCCCCAAUUUGGCUUGUUCUUGCCUUGUUGAUUUGUUGCUGUUCCUUGAAAUAUCUGCUAUUUGUUUAUUUCAUUUUGUAAUGGUAGAUUUUCAGAUUAAGGAAUAAAUACACGUACACGUACUACCAUACUGUUGCAUCAUGUUAAUUGUUCUGUGAAGGAUGAGGAAUUAAGAUUUUAAUGGAAAAAUGUAUCUCAAUAUAUGUUGUCUUGGUACCAAGAGCAGCAAUACUAGCUAAAUGUCUCUAUGAUCUGUUAGCAGGACUAUUUGCAAGGUUUAGUGCAUCAUUACUUACACCCUUCUGAUUGGCCAUGCAUCAGUGAGAAAUCAGUAAAACACAAAAACACAAGAGCUAAACCUUCAUGUCAUUUACCAGAUUUUUGCUGUCACUUCAAAAAAAAAAAAAAAAAAUUAACACACAGGUCCGUUAAUGAAAUUUUCCCGUGUAUAGAUGGUUAUGGCAUUAAUAAACAAAAGUUUGUUGUUGUUGUUUUGGGUAUUUGCCCCUGGGCCUCCCCCAUUUGUUGAGUAUUUAAUAUGUAUUUUUUUGUAUUCUUCUUUGAACCUUGGUGUCCUGAGCAGGGCGGACUCAGGUGCUCCAGUGGCUAGACUUCCAGGCAGUGGCUAAAUCUGCAUUCAUCUCUCCUGCUGCUUGUACAGGGAGACUUGUACUUGGUACAUUCAGUGUCUAUGUCCACUAACAACCUUUGAUAGGGGUGAAAGCUUGUCCCACACGUUUAAUGGUGUGGUACCCUGGCUUGUCCAAAGUAGCAUAACAAAGCAUUUGGACGCUUGGACGCCAUGUCCAUGGUGUUUUUAAUGAUAUGUAGCUGAGGGCUCGUCACACUAUGCGCAGCCUCUGUUCUUACGUGUUGCAGGUACUGACUGUUUACAUCUGUGUAAAUAUCAUCUGUUUGUGUGUGUGUGUGUGUGUGUGCAAAGAUCAAUAAACAGAAGUCUGUGCUUUCGAUUA